GUUCUCUCUCUAGAAACCCCCCGAUGUGUUCUGAUACUUUCUCUCUCUAGGUUAGCUUCAUCUCUCUCUCCAUAUGUAUGCGCGUGUGUAGAUAUGCCCUGUGGAACUCUGAUUUUGGAAACCUUAGAGCAUUUGGAUCCCGAGAACUCUGAGCUCUGUCGUCUCUGGAUGUGUAUCUAGCCUUGCUGUGUUUCGGGAACCUAGUGUUUGGAUCCUGAGGGAUUUGGAUGUGUGCGUGAGGAAAGCGAAGGAUCAGAUCGGAGAUGGCGGAGGUUUCGGGCGACGGAGGUAUGUCGGCGCCGGAGACAGAGCAGGCUGCGCCUCCGCAGCCGCUGAUGCCGUCGGCGUCCUUUAAGGAAAGCGGCGGUGGUAAAAGCUCGUCGAGACGGAGGCCGGUGAGGCCGAGCUUCGAUGCCGCCGCCGACAAUGAAUUCAUCACGCUUCUCCAUGGCUCGGAUCCAGUGAAGGUGGAGCUCAAUCGGCUCGAGAACGAACUUAGGGACAAGGAACGAGAAUUAGGCGAAGCACACGCCGAGAUAAAAGCUUUGAGGUUGUCUGAGAGGCAGAGAGAGAAAGCUGUUGAAGAGCUCACUGACGAACUUGCUAAGUUGGAGGAGAAGCUCAAGUUGACUGAAUCCCUUCUUGAUAGCAAAAACCUAGAAAUCAAGAAAAUCAAUGAGGAAAAGAAGGCAUCAAUGGCUGCUCAGUUUGCAGCUGAAGCCACCUUGAGGAGGGUCCAUGCUGCUCAAAAGGAUGAUGACAUGCCUCCAAUUGAAGCCAUUCUAGCCCCAUUAGAAGCUGAACUUAAGCUUGCACGACAAGAGAUUGGGAAGCUUCAAGACGACAACAGGGCCUUGGAUCGUCUGACUAAACAGAAGGAAGCUGCCUUGCUUGAUGCUGAGAGGACAGUUCAAGCUGCCCUGGCAAAAGCUGCCAUGGUCGAUGACCUUCAAAAUAAGAACCAAGAGUUGAUGAAGCAAAUAGAAAUUUGUCAGGAAGAAAACAAAAUUCUAGACAAAAUGCACAGACAGAAGGUUGCCGAGGUUGAAAAACUUACCCAGACUGUACGGGAGCUGGAAGAGGCUGUCCUUGCUGGUGGAGCUGCUGCAAAUGCUGUGAGGGAUUACCAGCGCAAAGUUCAAGAGAUGAAUGAAGAAAGAAAAACUCUUGAUCGGGAACUUGCACGUGCAAAGGUUACGGCAAAUAGAGUUGCCACAGUGGUGGCAAAUGAAUGGAAAGAUGGUAAUGAUAAAGUGAUGCCUGUGAAGCAAUGGCUAGAAGAAAGAAGGUUUCUACAGGGAGAAAUGCAACAACUUCGUGAUAAGUUUGCCAUAGCAGAGCGAGCUGCUAAAUCUGAAGCGCAACUAAAAGAAAAGUUUCAGCUGCGGCUAAAGGUGCUCGAGGACACUCUGAGAGGAACAUCAAGCAGCAGCACGAGGAAUACAACCGAGGGAAGGAGCAUGAGCAAUGGACCCUCUCGUAGACAGUCGCUUGGCGGAGCUGACAAUAUCCAAAAGCUUACAUCAAAUGGCUUUCUGUCCAAGAAAACUCCGGCUCCAGCUCCUCAGUUGAGACAUUCCUUAUCUUCUAAUUUCACUUCUGCGUUGAGGAAUGUGAAAGGCACGUCUAAAUCAUUCGAUGGAGGGACAAGAUCCUUGGAUAGGGGGAAAGCUCUCUUAAAUGGUCCUGGGAAUUAUUCCUUCAACAAGGCUUCUGAUGAAGCCAAGGAAGGAGAGUCUCCUAAUUCCUGGAAAGAAAAUCCAGAGGAGGAGAAGCCACCGAGUGAGAACCCUACACCAGUGACCGAGGACAGUGUCCCUGGAGUUUUGUAUGAUUUACUACAGAAGGAGGUCAUUGCCUUGAGGAAAGCUUCUCAUGAGAAGGAUCAAAGCCUCAAAGAUAAAGAUGAUGCCAUAGAGAUGUUAGCAAAGAAGGUGGAAACAUUAACAAAGGCGAUGGAGGUUGAAGCGAAGAAGAUGAGGAGGGAAGUAUCUGCAAUGGAGAAAGAGGUCGCUGCCAUGCGUGUGGAGAAAGAGCAUGAGAAUAGAGCCAAAAGGUUUUCAAAUACCAAGAGCCCAUCUAACAGCGCUCAGAUUCUUGCUGGAAGAGCUGCUGGAAGAAGCGGGUUAACGAGGAGUACCCAAUGAGGGAGAUUCUGAUCAUAAUCAGAAAUAACAAGUAAAACCGUUAAUAGGUUUGUGAUCUUACGCUAUUCACUUGGGGUUUUUUUCUUUUCCUUUUUCUUCAUGUGAUUCAUUGUCAUAUCACAUAACUUAAAAAGCAUGCUGAUGAAUGAUCCCGUCCUCGCCCUCCGGAAAAAGAAAAACAAAGAGAAGAGAAAUGAUGGGUUGUUGCUUCUGACGUAGAAUCGGAUUAGUCUGGUUAGAGGAGGAGAAGGGAGGAAGAGAAGAAACAGAUGAGAGGGGAGAUGAUGAUGUUUGACAUAUUUGGCUUGACAUUUUUAAACCCUUAAUGGUUGUCUGGUUGGUUUGUAUAGGGUAGCUUUUGUUAUUUGUCUCUCUGGAGGGAGAGAGAGAGAGAGAGAGAGAGAGAGAGAGAGAGAGAGAGAGAGAGAGAGAGAGAGAGAGAGAGUGUGUGUGUUUUGUGUGCUUUUACACUUAGUUCCUAUGGGUCGUAGCGCUCUUUUAAGUAUACAAUGUAUUCUGCUUUCGGGUGUGUGAUUAUUAUUGCUUUGUAUCACAUCUCUCUGGUCUUUAUUUGUGUCUC